GAGCUCCUGAAUUCCUGACACUGCUUCUUCAGUCACAGGCUCCAACUCAGCUCCCUGCUAUUUCUGUGUGGGACACUUUUGUUUCUGAUCUUCUGCAGCUUGGAUAAAGCUCUAAAAUGUUGUGGACGCGCCUGGCGUUGCUCAGCUGUGUGACUGUGCUGUUUGUCCUCACCUUGUCCCAUGAGGGUAACGGCGCAUCUGUGUCUGAUGGGAAGGCAGACAAGAAAGCAGCAAGCCCACAAGGUGGCUUGAGGGGAGUUUUCAUGCAAGAGAGUGAUGCCAGCAACUUUUUCAGGCGUCGCGGCAGGAGGGCAGUGAAAUCGCAGGAUGAGAUCAAUGCUGAGCAGAGGCAGAGACUGGCAGCUGAUGAAAGAAAGAGGGAAUAUCAUGAGGAGCAGAGGAAUGAGUUCGAGAAUUAUGCAGAGGAAGAGCAUGAUGAGCAAGAUGAGAGAACCCGGGAGAAGACAGAGCAGUGGAGAGAGUUCCACUACGACGGCCUCGACCCUUCUUACGAAUACAACCGCCACACCAUUUAAAGGUGACCAGUGGAGGUUUUUGUCCAUCAGGGGAGGAGAAAGGUGCCAAUGAACCAAAUAACGCUCCCUGCCAGCUCUGUAGCCUACUUACUAAAUGAGCUCUCCCUAGAUUUACUGACCAAAAUCUAGAGCACCCUCUGCUGGACAAAAACUCUUAAAAAAACUUUCUCUUAAAGCAGCAGCUGUUUCUGGUGGGGGGUGCAGUUAGACCAACAGUUAAAGGUGCUAAGCUCUUCUCUGUGAACAAAAGGUCUUGUACCAGAUUUGUGACUGGGCAAGGAAGGAAAUAUAAUAUUUAGUACUUUGAUUAUUUUCUGCACCAUUGUUCUGAAUGCUAAAUGCGUCUGUAAUGAGUGUGUUACAUAGCACAUCUAUCAAAACAGUACUAGUGCUAAAGUUCAGCAUGCUUAUUAUACAAAGUGCACAACACAUAGGGUAUAUUAAUAUUCACAGCUGAUGAUACUGUAUACAUGUGCUUUAUUUUAUUUUAAUACAUACUGGAAAGAUGUAAUACAUGUAUGGAAGAUUUCAUGCAUUGUGUGAUAAAGGGGUUUUAAAGUUGGUAUGAUGUAUAAAUUUGUAAUGAGUUCAGUAUGAGCUACUACAACAACAAAAAUAUGAUUACGCUUUCACCAGUUUAGUUCAAACUGUAGUCAUAUACAAUCUGUACAUCUGUGUAUUUACAAACAGUAAAACUGUCCUACUAAUGCAAGUAUACAGGUAAUACAUGUAGUUUAAUAUGCAGAUUUGUUGACUUGUAAUGGAUUCAACAGAAUGCAUUCUGUAAUGUAAAAAUUCUAAACCAAACAAAUAAAAGUCAAUAUCUGAUCUUAAA